AUGUGGAAGACUCGAUUUGAAGUAACCACUUCUUCAGGUGAAAGUUUGAAUCAUCAUCGUACAUUUACUACUCCAUCGACAACAAUGCACCAUUACUGUUCAUGGUCAUUACAGAAACUAGCUCACGUUCGAGAUGAGUCACCAUACGGUCUUAUUCGUUCAUUUUCAUCAUCAUCAAUACCAAAUCUUGAAAUACUUACUGAGGAGGAUGAAAAUAUGUCGUGUUCAAAUCUAACAUAUCAUGAUCAAACAAGUUUAGUAUCAAAAAAAUUACGUAAACAAAAUUCAAAGCAAGCUUUUAUUAGACAACAAUUAGUUCUGCCAACAAUCAUCGAGUCGAACGAUCAUGAUGCAAUUUCGGAUAGUCAAUCAUAUAAUGACGAUGAAGAUAUUACUGUGAACGAACUGAUUAAUGAUAGACAUAAUGAAUAUAUUUUUAAAUCUACACCAAAAGAUUCAUUUGGAGCAACAAAUACAAAUUAUAAUCUAGUUAUACAAAAUGACAUUGAAAGAAAAGAAGAAACAAUAAAUACAACUAUAAAUCAUGACACAGCUGAAUUGACAUUUGAUACGCAAAUUCAUGAAAUUUUACAACGAAAAACUUCGAAGUUGAAUAAAUCAUUGUCUUCAUCAGCAGACGUUGACAAAAAUAAGAUCUUCAUACCAACUACAUUCAAAGAUAUUAGUGCAUUUUUUGAAACGAAAUCAUUAAUAGCUAAUAAAACUGAUGCAUCUAAACAAAAGAAAAUUGUGCGAGCCAAACGACAACUGUCAGCAAAGUCUUAUAUGCAUACAAACAAUCAUAAUUUGCCAAAGAUAGAAAUCAUUUCAUUGAGUGAACCAGAAUCAACUUUUUUUCGUCAUCAAAUCAAACGAUUAAAGAAAACAUCGAACUGCGAAUUUGAACCGAUUACUGAACAACAAAAAAUAGUUAAACAUAUUGCUACUAGACAAUUAAUUAGUUUUGAUAAAAGUAUCAAAAAAAUUGAACAUGAAAAUCAAGCAAAACAAUUACCCAUACUGAUGAAUAACAAGUUGCCGAUGAACAGUCUUAUAAAUCAAUGUUUUUUCGUUUUAUUUCUUACUAUUACUAUACUUUUAUAUUUAUAUUUUUCUAAUUUAACAAACAAUUCGAAAUAUACCCAUGUGUCAAACCCAAUAGUUCAUCUUCAAAACUAUCCAUUCAAGUUUUCUCCUCGACAAUCUCAAAAGUCUAUUGAAUCAAUCAAUAAAAAUGUUAUUUCUCGAUACGGACAAAUGGUACGAAAUUUUUUUUUUUCUAUCGAUAAGUACGAAUAUAAAAAUAAUAUUUUUUAUGUAAUAACUUCGACCUAUGAACAUAUAUACGAUUAUUUUGUACAUUUAUUUAUGUAA